UUUUCGGUUGUUGGUACUCUCGAAGAGCGUUUUUUCUCGCUGUCUUCAGUUGCCAUCAAUCGGUUCAAUAGCGCGAACUUUCCCCUAGGUUUUCAUCAUCGGUGCUUACAUAACAAAGUAAAAUUUCGUUUCGUUAAGAAGGCAUAUUUCAAAAGAUCAAUUGGUGAAAUAUUGUUUGUAUAAUGGAGGACGGUCACGCAAAAACCGUCGAACAGGCGCUGGCUUUCUUCGGAACUGAUGGCGAAGGUGGUUUGACACUUGAUCAAGUGAAAAAGAACCAAGCAAAAUACGGCCCAAACGAGUUGCCGACAGAAGAAGGAAAAUCGAUAUGGCAACUUGUACUAGAGCAGUUUGAUGAUCUUCUUGUUAAAAUUUUACUCCUUGCAGCCAUUAUUUCCUUUGUGUUAGCGCUCUUUGAGGAUCAUGAAGACACAUUCACAGCUUUCGUUGAACCUUUAGUUAUUUUACUUAUUUUAAUUGCAAACGCAGUCGUAGGUGUUUGGCAAGAAAGAAAUGCCGAAUCAGCUAUUGAAGCUUUAAAAGAAUAUGAACCCGAAAUGGGUAAAGUGAUGCGUCAAGACAAAUCAGGUGUACAAAAAAUCAGGGCUAAGGAUAUUGUGCCCGGUGAUAUUGUUGAAGUAUCCGUUGGUGAUAAAAUUCCUGCCGACAUUCGUAUCACACACAUUUAUUCAACGACAUUGCGAAUUGAUCAGUCUAUUUUGACUGGUGAAUCCGUCUCCGUUAUCAAACACACUGAUGCAAUUCCCGAUCCACGUGCUGUUAACCAAGACAAAAAGAACAUUUUGUUCUCCGGUACCAAUGUUGCUGCAGGAAAAGCCAGAGGUAUUGUUAUUGGAACUGGUCUUAACACCGCUAUUGGUAAAAUCCGUACAGAAAUGUCAGAAACCGAAGAAAUUAAGACCCCCCUGCAACAAAAGCUCGAUGAAUUUGGUGAGCAAUUGUCUAAAGUUAUUUCAAUCAUUUGCGUUGCUGUUUGGGCUAUCAACAUUGGACAUUUCAAUGACCCCGCUCACGGUGGUUCAUGGAUCAAGGGAGCUAUCUACUAUUUCAAAAUUGCCGUCGCUUUGGCUGUAGCAGCUAUUCCAGAAGGUUUGCCCGCUGUCAUCACAACCUGUUUGGCUUUGGGUACCCGUCGUAUGGCCAAGAAAAAUGCUAUUGUCCGUUCAUUGCCAUCAGUAGAAACUUUGGGUUGCACAUCAGUCAUUUGCUCAGACAAAACCGGUACUCUUACCACAAAUCAAAUGUCAGUAUCACGCAUGUUGAUCUUCGACAAAGUUGAAGGAAAUGACAGCAGCUUCCUUGAAUUCGAACUUACCGGUUCAACAUACGAACCUAUUGGAGACCUGUUCCUUAACAACCAAAAAGUCAAGGCUUCAGAAUACGAUACUCUCCAAGAAUUGGCAACCAUUUGCAUUAUGUGCAAUGACUCAGCUAUUGAUUACAACGAAUUCAAACAAUGCUUUGAAAAGGUUGGUGAAGCAACUGAAACCGCUCUGAUUGUCCUCGCUGAGAAACUUAAUCCAUUCAGUGUCAACAAGCAAGGUUUGGACAGGCGUUCAUCUGCUAUUGCUAUCCGUCAAGAAAUCGAAACCAAGUGGAAGAAGGAAUUUACUCUUGAAUUCUCAAGAGAUCGUAAAUCCAUGUCUUCAUACUGUACACCAUUGAAAUCAUCCCGCUUGGGAACUGGACCAAAAUUGUUCGUUAAGGGAGCCCCAGAAGGUGUUCUUGAACGAUGCAGCCACGCUCGUGUUGGACAAAACAAAGUACCUCUUAGCUCUAAUCUCAAGAACAAAAUUCUUGAACUUACCCGCCAAUACGGAACUGGUCGCGAUACUCUUCGUUGCCUUGCAUUGGCUACCGGUGAUAAUCCAAUGAAACCAAGCGAAAUGGAUCUUGGUGAUUCAAACAAAUUCUACCAAUAUGAAGUUAACCUAACAUUCGUCGGAGUUGUUGGUAUGCUUGAUCCCCCACGUAAAGAAGUAUUUGACUCGAUCGUUCGUUGCCGCGCUGCUGGUAUUCGCGUUAUUGUAAUCACUGGUGAUAACAAGGCUACAGCUGAGGCCAUCUGCCGUCGUAUUGGUGUGUUCACCGAAGAUGAAGACACAACAGGAAAGUCAUACUCUGGACGUGAAUUUGAUGAUCUCUCUCCUGCUGAACAAAAAUCUGCCUGUGCCCGUGCCCGUCUCUUCUCUCGUGUAGAACCCCAACACAAAUCCAAGAUUGUUGAGUACUUGCAAGGAAUGAAUGAAAUUUCGGCUAUGACUGGUGAUGGUGUCAACGAUGCUCCUGCAUUGAAGAAAGCUGAAAUUGGUAUUGCUAUGGGUUCAGGAACCGCUGUCGCUAAGUCCGCUGCUGAAAUGGUCUUGGCUGAUGAUAACUUCUCAUCAAUUGUAUCAGCUGUUGAAGAGGGUCGUGCUAUUUACAACAACAUGAAACAAUUCAUCCGUUAUUUGAUCUCAUCUAAUAUUGGUGAAGUAGUGUCCAUUUUCCUUACUGCUGCUUUGGGUCUCCCAGAAGCUUUGAUUCCAGUACAAUUGUUGUGGGUUAACUUGGUAACUGAUGGUUUGCCAGCCACCGCUUUGGGUUUCAAUCCUCCCGAUUUGGACAUUAUGGAAAAACCACCCCGUAAAGCUGAUGAAGGUCUUAUUUCUGGAUGGUUGUUCUUCCGAUACAUGGCUAUUGGAGGUUAUGUAGGUGCCGCCACUGUCGGAGCCGCUGCUUGGUGGUUCAUCUUCGCAGAAAGUGGACCCCAUCUAUCAUACUGGCAACUUACUCACCAUUUGUCCUGCCUUGGAGGUGGAGACGACUUCAAGGGAGUCGACUGCAAAAUCUUUUCCGAUCCUCAUGCUAUGACAAUGGCACUUUCAGUUCUUGUGACAAUUGAAAUGUUGAACGCGAUGAACAGUUUAUCAGAAAACCAGUCGCUGAUAACCAUGCCCCCAUGGUCAAACAUGUGGUUGAUUGGAUCCAUGGCAUUGUCCUUCACUCUACAUUUCGUUAUUUUAUACGUAGAAGUUUUAUCGACUGUCUUCCAAGUGACACCAUUAUCUGGAGAAGAAUGGAUAACUGUCAUGAAGUUCUCAAUUCCUGUUGUUUUGCUGGAUGAAACAUUAAAAUUCGUUGCUAGAAAGAUAGCUGACGUGCCCGAUGUUGUCAUUGACAAGUGGUAAAGGAUAACAUAUUUCAACUACAAAUCGGGACAGUCCAAAAUAUUUAAAAUAAGAAUAUAAAUCACCUCAAUCGUAAUAAAUGGAUUUAAGAACUAAACAAA